AUGCCCAUCACCACGCUGCGCCAGAUGACAUGGAUACGGAGGUACCCAGGAGAUGACGUGGGUCCAUCCUGGGGGUUCUCCUGGAUGAUGGAGGUGGUGUUUGCGGGCUCGGACCUGCAGAGACUGCACGUGAGAUGAGGCCAAAGAGUGGUGGACAAGAAGCAGCUGGAGAAGAUCCUCCUGCUGUGCAACGUAGAGGCUGGAGAGCGGCAGCAAGGCUUUUGUGAGAUGCUCCAGCUCUUCCAUCUCCUGGUCGAGAGGGAACAUGAGGUCUAUUGGCUCUUCCAGUUCUUCCUCCAGAAAACAGAGCACAGCUGUGUGAUGAACGUAGGUGUGGGGGAGAGCUUCAUGUUGAAGACCUCAGUUGCAUUUAUGGAUCCCACCUUUGCGAAACACCUGGAAGGAAAAGGCCUGCAAGUUGUUCACUCACUGGUCCCCUGGUUUUGCUUCUCCUUCCAGUGCGUGUUCAAGUCCUUUGAUGAUGUCUGGAGGCUGUGGGAGGUAAUCCGCCUGCUUAAAAUCACGAAGCGGAUGGUUGAUUUUGAAGGCGUCAUUUGUAGCGGCUGA